AUAACGGCCGCAGGGAGUCCGAAAACAACCUCCCACGGCGCAGACACAACCCUGCGCGACGCAGAGGAAAUCAGCGGCUCCCUGACGCCUAACUGCACAUUCGAUAGUCUUUCAACUCAACGGUGGUAGCGAGUCUCGCCUUCGUGGAAAAAAAACGUGAAAUUUUAUUCUCCUCGGAAGUAAUAAAGCCUUCGAUGCUCAACACAGGAGAUUAAAUUUCUUCAAUCAAAAGCAGAAGCGGAAACAGCACUGAUGACGAAUCUGCUCCUCCCAAUGUAAAGGUCCGGUCAGAGAGGCACCAAGAAUCUUCCAUCGUUUGAAGCCUGGCCCCCGUUUCUGUGGGAAAGGAAGCGCGAGCUUAGCUGAGAGCAUGAACGAUUGGGUGCCCAUCGCCAAGGAGUACGACCCCCUUAAAGCUGGCAGUAUUGAUGGCACAGAUGAAGACCCCCACGACCGCGCGGUCUGGAGGGCAAUGUUGGCACGGUACGCCCCCAACAAAGGCGUCACGGGAGACCCCCUCCUCACCCUGUUCGUGGCAAGGCUCAACCUGCAGACCAAAGAGGAGAAGUUAAAGGAAGUAUUCUCCCGCUAUGGGGACAUCCGGCGGCUUCGGCUGGUGAGGGACUUGGUGACCGGCUUUUCCAAGGGCUACGCCUUCAUCGAGUACAAAGAGGAGCGGUCCCUGCUCAAAGCUUACCGGGACGCCGACGGCCUGGUCAUCGACCAGCACGAGAUAUUUGUGGACUACGAACUGGAAAGGACUCUCAAAGGGUGGAUCCCUCGGCGCCUCGGAGGGGGUCUGGGGGGGAAAAAGGAAUCUGGGCAACUGAGAUUCGGGGGGCGGGAUAGGCCUUUCCGCAAACCCAUUAACUUGCCAGUUAUUAAGAACGACCAGUACAGAGAGGGGAAACGGGAAAAGAGGGAGCGGUCCAGGUCCCGGGAAAGGCACUGGGAGUCGAGGACAAGGGACCGCGACCAUGACCGGGGCCGGGAGAAGAGGCGGCAGGAAAGAGAGCCAGCCCGGGCAUGGCCCGAAGGUGACUGGGAGAGAGGGAGGGACUUCAGAGAGGACAGGGCCAAGGGGAGGGAGAAGAGGGACAGAAGUAAGUAGGGGCUCGGCACCACCACCCACAGAGCCCAAAGGGCGGGGGGUGUGCGUGGCUUUUACACAGAAGGUAAGCCCAAUGCCGAAUACAGUGCGCUGAUGAUAAUGUGGUUCGGGCGGGUUUCCUUUCCCAUCCAAAACCCAGGGUCAAGCUGAACACACCGACGUUACAAAUUUCUCUUCUCCCUCUAGAGAUCUGAGGACACAUUUCAUAAGCUCGAGAAACAGUUCUGUACUCACCGGCCUCCCUACAGAAGGGCGUGUGCAAGGAGCCACGGGGCUUUCGCUCGGCAGUAGGGCAUUUGUCCUGAGAAUUUGAUUUUCUCCCAUCUCUUGGAAAAUGACCGUUUUGAGGGCUUGGCAAAAAGAAGGGAUGAUGAAAAGUCAUUUGUAUUCAUGUGACUCCUGGGAACCCAAAUCUGGUCAGAACUACUUGUACCUUUUCCACCUUUACGUCCAUAGUGCAAAGGGUUGCUGGACCGAAGUAAGAAC